ACCUAGCAACACGGGGGUCGCCGAGAUGGUUAACUGUGGGCAGAAAAACUUACAGUUUGAGGAGCCGGGUUGCUGAUUGCGAAAGCCGAGAGAGCCUUGACUUGGCUGACUUCUCAGUGCCAGGGUAUAUAGGGGCAAAGCCAGCUGCUCCAGAGAUGGCCUGUGACCUCUUCAGCAUGCCCCCUUCCUACGAUGGCCUGGCCAUACAGAGAAUCCCACUGAGGACAGACAUAAUCCAAGUUGAGCCCAUGAAGACCUUGGCCCCAUCCAAAUCGAAGCUCAGCACCAUUGAAGCCAAGAGAAUCAUGUCAGUCCUGGAUGAGGCCAUACAAAAAGUGGGGCUGGUGACCCUGAUGUCCUACGUGGAGUCCCACCCAGAGGUUCUGGAGGGAAUGUUCCCUGAAGACUUGGUGAAGGCCAUAAGAGAGCAUUUGGACAUUGGCCAGGUUUUGCUAGAGGGCGCCAGCAUCCUUCAGGAGAAACAGAAGCAGCUGGAGGGAGAGGAGGAAGCUGAGGAAGCCUGGUGCCAGGACCGCCUACUAUCCAUAGAGGUAUGCAAGGCCAGUCUGUGGCCACUGACACACCAGUUCCGAGACUCCACCAAGACUAUCCUGAGGCUCCUGAUCAACGACUCCCAGGUCACCACGCUGCUGCAGAUACAGGCACCAGGCAGAAGCCCUGGGGCCCAGCGCCUCCUGGACAGCCUGGUGGAGCUUCGCGGCUUCCUCUUUGAAAAGCUACUCACCAGCCCUAUGGAGGUGAAGGAGAAGAACCAAUUCAUACAGGACAUCAACCGGAGGAAUGAAAGGAACCAAGAAGUCAUUGACGCCCUCCAGGCUGAGCUGGCAGAGGUGCUGAAGAAUAAGGAGUCAGAGGUGGAGAAGGAGAAUUUUGUGAUCCAAGAACUGAAGAACCACCUGCACCAGGUGUUCAAGUUCUCGGAGAACAGCAUCCUCCGCACGAAGCAGGAGGCGGAGAAGCAGCAGAAGGUGGAUUACCGGGCCUCCCAGGCUAGGCUGGCCAAGAUACAGCAAGAGAUUCUGGCACUUCGUACACAGUACCACAAUCUGGUCAUGGAGAACCGUGAGGUGGAACAGGCCCUAAGGAAGAAAAAAUAUAAAGUGGAGACUGAAAUUGAGAACUGGAUCCAGAAAUAUGACAUGGAGAUGAGCGAGAAGCAGGACGAAUUCGAGGACCUUGAAAGCAUCCACAAGGAGGAGAAGCUGCAGCUGGAGGAGCUGAAAGAGAGGCAUGCGGUGCUGGUGGAGGAGUUCGCCCAGAUCCGCGCUGAGAGUGAGAUCAACUCCAAGAAGCGGGUGGAGGCAGAGCGCGAGAUGGUGCGCAUGGUAAGGGCCGCCACACUUAUCCAGGCCGUGUGGAAGGGCUACCUCGUGCGCUCCAUGCUCAGGUCCAAGAAGAAGAAGCGCGGAAAGGGAAAAGGCAAAGACAAGGGGAAGGGCAAAGAGGAGAAGAAAGCCAAGGGCAAGGCCAAAGGCAAGAAGAAGUGA